AUGCCUUUAGUAAAAAUUGGGCAGUUCUUCGCUGGUUUCUUCCAUAUUUUAAACAGAAGGAAAACUGCACUGCAGCUUACAGGACGACAGCCAGGUUCCAUGGUACACGCCAUGUUUUCAGGCAGAUUUGACACAAAACCCGGCGAGGAUGGAUCUUACUUCAUUGAUCGAGAUGGAACACACUUCCGUUAUAUCCUGAAUUAUCUUCGCACGGGGCAGCUUAUCGUCCCAAAUGAUGAGAUCAUUCGCAGAGAACUGUUGGCAGGGGCCAAAUUUUAUCAAGUUGAAGGAAUGAUAAACGACCUGCAACCAAAGUCACCGGCAGUUCCAGUAGUUGAGCCGAUUGUGGUUCAACCGUUCAAGGAUUCAGUGAUUCUCUUGUCCGUUCAUGGCCAGACUUUGAUGAGUUGGUUAAAAAACACCUCGGGCUUUCCUAACACCAAUGAGCAGCUGUUGUACCGAGCUUCUAGAGAUGGUUGGGCUGCUUCCAACUUUCACUCCUGUUGUGAUAACAAAGGACCAACAGUUACAGCGGUCAAGAAUGGAAAUUACAUAUUUGGAGGAUAUGCUGUGCAAAGUUGGGAAAGUAGUAACUCCUACAAAAGAGCAGAAAACUCGUUUCUGUUCAGUCUCGUUAACCCGAGUGGUCUGUCACCAACAAAGAUACCUUUGCAGAGUGGACAAGAAGAAUAUGCUAUGUAUUGUCACACUAGCUAUGGGCCAACAUUUGGAGGUGAAAGUUAUCAUGAUCUUUAUAUUUGCGAUGCACCAAAUUCCAACAACUGCAGGACACAUCUGUAUAUCUACCAAUGCCCAUCAGGACAAACUUGUAACACAUUUUUAACAGGAAGUCCGAACUUCAGGGUGAGCGAAAUGGAAGUUUUUCGGUUCUAG